AUGGGAUACUUCAAUAAAAUAAAUACUGGGUAUUAUCGCAGUGAAGAAAUGCCAAACAAGCAAAGGCAGUGCGUCACAUCUUUACAUCCCAACGAAUGCAUUCUUUCAAUAGAUGACUGGACGUGUGCGCCUUGCAAGGCAUUACAACCAGCUCUGGUACCAGUUUCUUUUUUUUUUAUUUUUCCCCCGCGCGAAACAAGAAACAUCAUUAAGUGGAUGUGAAUCAUAUGGAAUAUAAAAGUAAAAUUAGUGAUCGCAGGAAAACUAAAUUAAUUUUAUCUUUACGGUGUUCAGUUGAAGAAAAUUUGUCACUCUCCUCAAAUGGAGAAGUAUUAUAACUUUUCUUUCCUAGUUUCACACGUUGUUAAGAAUUUCUUCAUGUUUGAAACAAUAUCCUAAGGGUUAACGCGACUUUUUGAGAUAAACAGUUUUUUUGCUUUUUUUUCUUUGUAUAAUCAGCACUCAAUUUUAGCUGUUUCCUUUUAUCUCACUUUAGUCAAGGAUUCGUUAAUCAUUUGUUGCAGGGUUGUUGACUUUCUGCUUCGCUUAUCUUAUCAUCAGAACAUUUAUCUUAACCGUUACAACUGGGACACGCCAGAAACAAUGCACGUUAUUGAGAAUGGUGUCACCGAACUGGUUUCAUUUGCAUGUAACUGCAUAGAAGAUUUUACUGCUGCUUUAUGGUUUGAUCAUAUGCUAUGCACCAUCUUGAUAUUGAAUCUUCUCUAAAACAUUUGUCGUCAAUUAUCAGUAAAUAAUAGUGUGUUUAAACAAAAUUGGAAUAAAUUUAAAAAUAUUAAAUAAACAAAGAAAGAAAUAUUCAAUUUAAAUUCUACCUGAUAGCCUUUUUUUUUUCUUUCAGGAGGCAGCAGUAAUCGGCGUCGCUUAUAAGAAGGGAGUACAAUACUGAUUCCUAGAGUUGUUCAAUUGUAAAACCAGGUGAUAUGAAUUAUUACUAAUAUGCUUUCAUCGUUUCGUCAUUUUGAUGUAGUACAAGAAGAAGUUGAACCGAACGUAUGUAUAGUCACAAAGCUACAUCAUGAUUUUUACCAACUCAAAUCACAUUCUUGUGUUCAUAAAUCGCUGGAAAAUCCAUUACGUUUUAUGUUCGACUCGUUUAGGCUCAUCCUUGAAGGAUUUUUGCUGAGAUUUUGAACUCAUGGUGGGUUGUUUCCUGUCAAACACCGGUGACAUAGCAAUUAAUUACAGGUUUUUUUUUUUUUUUAAUCUAUUUCUUUUCAGAACGAUGAGUGCAAUUUCGGAAACUGCCAAUUGACGUCUCAUAAGAUUCUUGGAUUCUGAAAAACCAGUACAGUAAGCAUGAAAAAAAUCUAUUCGAACAAAAUCGCAAAAAGAAAGAUUACCUCAGAUAAUGUGGCGUCCUUUUUUGGGUCCAAUGGAGCGAAUGAAAAAUACAGCCAAACCUCCCGUAAACGACCACCCCAAAUUCAAAGGUUUAGUGGUCGCUUACGGGCGAGUGAUUGCGUACGAUAAGCGAAACACAAGAGGUAUAUUUCUUGAAGAGGACCGAGCACAAUACAUUUUUAAAAGAAUUGCGCAUGCAGUUUCUAAGUCAUGAUAUGUGUACUUUCAUGUUGUCACUAAAAUUACACCGUAUUCUCUUUGUAGUGUAAUAAUUUAUAUACGGCGAGUAUAGAGAUCAAACUGUGUCUUUACGUGUUCGCUUACAAGGCGAUAAAAACAAUUGAAACUUCUGAGGCCGUCAUCCAGAAAGUGGCCGCGGUCGUUUAAGAGACUUGGUCUUUUGCGAGAGGUUGUAACUGUAAGGAUUUCUCUGGGAAAAUUAUAUGGUGUUUUGGAUAGGGUGUCGCUUAAGAGAGGUGGUCGCAGAUGGAGGUUCCAAUGUACAUGUAUGUCAGAAAAGUCAGUCACUUUCUUGAGUUAGCCAGCCAAUGGAACUUGUAGUGGUGCAAGCUGGUGCGUGAUAUUGAUCUUUUGCUUCAACAUAGCAGCGAUAGUACCACUAAAAGAGUUGCAUCAUGCUGGUCACAGACAAACAAUAGGAUUCACCCAGGAUAAAGUCGAAAGCCUUUUUCUUUAGUUGAAUGUCGUGACCAUGGAAUGGGGUGAAAUACUGUCAUGGCUAUCAGUAUAACCAAAAACUCAUAAGGGGCUGAAACGUGUAACUCUCGUAUGUUUACUUUGUCCGAUGCUCGUGAUUAUUCAUUUUCGAAAGUACCAUAUUUGGAACGAGAAGAAGAGACAACUGACCAAUCAAACUUCGUAAACAACGUGACGGUAAUUUUACUUCAGCUCCCCGCGCCCGCUUGAAAAAAAUGGCCGACAAACGGAGGGAAAACUCCCAAAAGCAGAGAAAGCUUUCAAAGGUUGAAACUAGGAAUCUUACCGAAACACUGAGCAGGAUAUUAUUGCCUCACCACCCCGGCCAAACAUAACAUUAUGAAACCCAUUGACGUCCUCGCAACUUCUUCAAGUUGUCACUUCAAACAACGAUGCCUCGUUGACCCUCUGCACAGUAAACUUAUACUGCAAAUAGGCUUUUAAAAUUCUUAUAUUAAAAGUCUAGAAUAAAUUAAAAACAGUAAAAAAUACUUUCGAAUAAAACUCAUUAGCUGCGUGUGUCCAAAACCUGAACCUGACAUCUUCGCAAAAAGUGAUACGUGUAAUGAAUGUGAGAAGCAUUUAAGCUUAAAUUCAACUUGGAUGUUGUAGUCACGAUCGUGUUUUGAGCUAAUUUUAUGAAUGAACAAACUCAAAACAAUAGACAGAGAAGCUGUUUCUUGAAAAUUUUUAUUCAAAAUCCAAAAAUUCAAUCCUUUAAAGCAAUUCGGAAAAACACUAUCUGGAUCUUGGAUCCGUUCACGCAAGUGAAAUCGGCUGAGCACAUGGCAAAAUUCAAUACAAAAUCCAUCUCAAAUCGGGGCACAUUUUGUAAUUUUUCUUUAGCGGUGAAGAGAAAAAUUUAUAAAACUUCUAUCAAACAUUUAAAAUUACAUAAAUUCCCUUUCAAAAACGUAAUUGUCUUGGCCAUAGAAUGCAAAAUGUACCUGAAAAUUCAGCAAAAACUUCACUGCGUUGGUUGCAUUUCAAAACAGACCAUGAGCUCCGUUGUGAGGAAAACAAGGUUGAAUUCCUCAAAGGACAAUUUCUCGAUGGAAAGCUUCUCGUCCUCCCCAAAAAGAAAGCUGAGUAUUCUUUUAAACUUUCUCUUUCCAUUUUUUGUCUUUUAACGGUGUAUUUUUAACCUUGAAAUGUAGAACUCUUAACUUGUCUUAAAACAUCUGCAUGGUGCUCGCGUGGCGGCCAUUUGUUUAAAAUGGGUAUCUGCCACUAAAGUUUCCAAAUAUGGUAAAAGUGUAUAUUCACGAGCAUUGAACGCGAGUUACACGUUUCAACCCCUUAUGAGUUUCUGGUAUACCCCAGUUUGGAAUGACACUCAUAGAUUGGGCACCCCCAUUACUAUCUUGAUAACGACUUUUUGCCUACACAUACAUGAAACAUGGAGCUGUACAAUCGCCUAAAGGGUUUUCUCGCAACCUUAUCUCACUCACCUUAUAUCAAGCAGCCAGUCCUCUUUUGGCGUCCAGCGGAGCGCGAGGAAACAAGAAUGAUAGGUAACCAAUCUGAGGUUGUUCCGUAAAACAGGUAUCAUGCAACUAAAAGAUACAAGAUAAAGAUAAACGAUAAAACAUCUUGAGAUAAUUGUUUUCCUCAACUCCUUCAAGUUAUGCUCUGUUUGCCACAAUCAUUUUCUGUUGGACAAGGAAAAUGAUGAGGAGAAGGACAACAAUAGAAAUGUGGAGAAAAAAAUGGAAGUAAUUAUGUGGUGGUGGUGGUAG